AUGCCAGAAAUGAAAGUUCAUGAGAAACAUUCUCAUAUCUCGUUAGACCAUGAAAACAUGCAUGGACCUCCGCAAGGUUUCUUUGACAGACAACCGCAUGGGCAGAAGCCGAAUUUGACGGAUUUUGCUACCUACCAGAAGUUAUACAACCAGUCUAUUCAAAACCCCAAUGAAUUCUGGGCAAAGCAAGCCACCGAGAAUUUGGAUUGGUUUAGACCUUUUGAUGCAGCUAGGUUUCCAGCAGACCCCAAGGACGACUACAAGAAUGGCGAUUUGCCCGCGUGGUUUUUGAAUGGAGAGUUGAAUGCCUGCUACAAUGCCGUUGAUCGUUGGGCCAUGAAGAACCCCGAGAAGCCCGCUAUUAUUUAUGAAGCCGAUGAAGUUGACGAAGGCAGAAUCAUCACUUAUGGUGAAUUGUUGAAAGAGGUGUCCAAAUUGGCUCAAGUGUUGGUCAAGUUGGGAGUUAAGAAAGGCGACUCGGUUGCUGUCUACUUGCCCAUGAUUCCCGAGGCGUUGAUCACCUUGUUGGCCAUUGUUCGUAUUGGUGCCAUGCACUCGGUUGUCUUUGCUGGGUUCUCGAGCGCCUCGUUGAGAGACCGUAUCUUGGACGCUGACUCGAGAAUUGUUAUCACUGCCGACGAAUCAAAGAGAGGCGGCAAGACCAUUGAAACUAAAAAGAUUGUCGAUGACGCAUUAAAAGAAUGUCCCGAUGUCCGUAACGUGAUUGUUUACAAGAGAACUGGUAACGUCCAUGUGCCAUUCAACAACACUUCGGGAAGAGACUUGUGGUGGCACGAGGAAAUGGCCAAGAAUGGCUGCUACUACCCUCCAACCGAUAUGAACUCGGAGGAUCCCUUGUUUUUGUUGUACACCUCGGGUUCCACUGGUAAGCCAAAAGGUGUUCAACAUACCACCGCCGGUUACUUGUUGGGCGCGAUGAUGACCACGAAAUAUGUGUUUGACGUUCACGAAAAUGACAUUUUGUUCACCGCGGGUGACAUUGGUUGGAUCACGGGCCACACCUACUGUGUCUAUGGUCCAUUGUUGAAUGGUGCCACCACGGUUGUCUUUGAAGGUACCCCUGCUUACCCAAACUUUUCCAGAUACUGGGAAAUUGUUGACAAGUACAAGGUGAAUCAAUUUUACGUUGCACCAACUGCUUUGAGAUUGUUGAAGCGUGCUGGUACUAAAUUCAUUGAAAACUAUGAUCUUAGCUCGCUUAGAGUCUUGGGUUCCGUUGGAGAGCCAAUUGCUGCCGAAGUCUGGCACUGGUACAACGACCACAUUGGACGCGGUAAAGCCCAUAUUGUCGAUACUUAUUGGCAAACCGAGUCUGGAUCACAUUUGCUCACCCCAUUAGCCGGUAUCACCCCCACGAAACCAGGCUCCGCUUCACUCCCAUUCUUUGGCAUUGACCCCAAGAUUUUGGACCCCACCACAGGAGAGGAGUUGAAGGAUAAGGAUGUCGAAGGUGUCUUGGCAAUCAAGCAAGCAUGGCCUUCCAUCACUAGAGGUAUCUACAAUGACUACAAUAGAUUUAUCGACACCUACUUGGCCCCAUACCCUAACCACUAUUUCACCGGUGACGGGGCUGCUCGUGACUUGGACGGCUUCUACUGGAUCUUGGGCCGUGUUGACGACGUGGUCAAUGUCUCUGGCCACAGAUUGUCGACUGCUGAAAUCGAGGCUGCCUUGAUUGAACACCCAUUGGUUGGAGAAUCCGCCGUGGUUGGUUUUGCCGAUGACUUGACUGGUCAAGCCGUGGCUGCGUAUGUUGCCUUGAAAAAAGACAAGAUGGGAGGAGACACCACCGAGGAAGACUUAGACAUUAUCAAGAAGGAAUUGAUCUUGACUGUGCGUAAGGAAAUUGGACCUUUUGCUGCACCUAAACUAAUUUUACUUGUUGACGAUUUACCAAAGACUAGAAGCGGUAAGAUUAUGAGAAGAAUCUUGAGAAAAGUAUUGGCUGGCGAAGAAGACCAAUUGGGUGACACUUCAACGUUAUCGAAUCCACAAGUUGUUGACCAAAUCAUUGCUGUUGUUCACAAGAAUAAAAAGUAG